AUGGCUGUUGCGAGGGAUGAAGACAUCGAUAAUGAAUUGCUCAUAAAUGAAGUAGAAAAGAGGCCUGCAUUGUUCAAUAAAACUUUAAAAGAUUAUUGUGACGCUAAUUUGAAAUGCAAACUUUUGGAUGAAGUGUGUGUAAACGUGUGGAGAACGCUGGAACAACGAAGAUGGGAAAAUCUAAGGACAUGCUUUGCAAGAGAAUUGCGUGAGCAAAAAUCGGCCAAGUCUGGACAACCAGCCGGAAAGCGCCGAAAGUACAAAUUUUACGAUCAGCAUUUGUUUAUUCAACCAACCGUAGAAGUACCUGAAACAAGUGGAAAUGCUGAACCAGUAGUAAGCGAUGAGGAACCUGAGGAAACAGACAACGUUAAAGGGCACCCAUUGUUCGUUCUUCACAUACCUGUUACAAUCUAA